AGCAGUGAGCCCAGGAGUCCUCGGCUAGCCCUGCCUGCCCUCCAGGAGGAUGAAGGUCUCCGUGGCUGUCCUCUCCUGCCUCAUGCUUGUUGCUGCCCUUGGAUCCCAGGCCCAGGUUACAAAUGAUGCAGAGACAGAGUUCAUGUCAAAGCUUCCACUGAAAAAUCCAGUAGUUCUGAGCCGCUUUCACCUUGCUACUGACUGCUGCAUCUCCUACAUCUCACAAAGCAUCCCGUGUUCACUCAUGAAAAGUUAUUUUGAAACGAGCAGCGAGUGCUCCAAGCCGGGUGUCAUCUUCCUCACCAAGAAGGGGCGACAAGUCUGUGCCAAACCCAGUGGUCCGGGAGUUCAGAAUUGCAUGAAACAGCUGAAGCCCUAACCAAUAUAAUAAUAAAGAGACAAAAGAGGCCAGCCACCCACCUCCAACACCUCCUGUGAGUUUCUUGGCCUGAAUUACUUUAAAAAUAUAUAUGUUGUUGUGUCUGGUAAUGAAAGUCAUGCAUCUAAUAAAGAGUAUUCAAUUUUUAA